UUUUGUGUGUGUAGAAACAGACUUGAGUCCUUAUUCCUUACAAGCAGAUCUUGUUUGACUUCCUGAACAGGGCAGUUCAUUAUGAAGUUGGAGGUGCCUGAAACCUUUGAAGAUGUUGCUGUUGAGUUUUCAGGAGAGGAGUGGGAAAUGCUGAGUAAACCAGAGAAAGAGCUACACAAGGAGGUGAUGGUGCAGAACUAUGAGAACAUGAUUUCUGUAGGGUAUGACAUCCCAGUGGACCAUCUUUGGUUAUAUAUUAAGAACUUUGAGACAGUUUCACCUUGUGACACCAAAGGAGGAAUGAUGGUGCAGCAAAUACUGGUUCCUGGUACCAGAACCAGCAUCAUCAAGAGAGAAACUUUCCCUGGGAUGCAGGGUCUGCAAUCAACCCAUGGAAGACACCAGGAUUCUGAAUUUGACACAGUUCUUCCAGAUAAGAUGUCAGUCACAAGACAAGAUGCACUGCAGUCUGAAACCAGAACUGAUAACCCUAAGGAAAGUAAUGAGAGGUUUAUCCAAACAACUGAACAAGAAAUGCAUCUGCAAACUGAAGCAGGGGAAACACCAUGCAGCUGGCUUAAUCAUAGUAACAAUGUAACAUUUUGUAGUAACAAUUUAACUGAUCAGGUAAGUCACAGAAGGAAAAAGCAGACGACCUUGCCACCAAAUGAGCAAGUGCUCAGUGGAAAGAAACUGCAUAAAUAUGCCACAAAUGUCAAGGGUUUUACACACCAACAAAAUGGAGGAGUAAGCAAGAUUAUUCGUACUGGGCAGCAGCCCUUUAAAUGCACAAUGUAUGACAAAAGUUUUACUUUGAAGUCUAACAUGAAAAAAGAUCAGUUUCCCCACAGUGAGAAAAGACUAUAUAAAUAUGUCACACAUCACAAGGACUUGAUCCCUGAUCAUUCGGCAGUGCUUCAAACUACUGGCAAUAGACAGAAACCAUACAAAUGUGGCAAAAGUUUUACAGGAAAGGCUAGCAUGGUAAAACAUCACAAUAUUCAGAGUGUGAUCUCUCAAGAUAUUAAAAAAUCUAAACAUCUUGAAGAAAUGAAACAAGGCCAGAAACCGUACAAAUGUGCUACAUGUGAUAAAAGUUUUAAAUACAAAGUCGCUAUGUUAAAUCACCAGGGCAUUCACACUGGGCAGAAGCCAUAUAAAUGUAGUAUGUGUGACAAGAGUUUUAGUAACAAAAGCGCCAUGACAUGUCAUCAGGGUACUCACAUGGAGCAGAAACCAUAUCCGUGCACAAUCUGUGGCAAGAGCUUUGUGCAGAGGAGUCACUUGGUGACUCACCAGAGAAUCCACAGUGGGAAGAAACCAUACAAAUGCUCAGAGUGUGAUGAAAGUUUUUCCUACAAAAGGAUGAUGGUAAGUCAUCAGAGCAUCCACACUGGUGAGAAACCCUAUAAAUGUAGUAUGUGUGACAAGAGUUUUAGUAAUAAAGGCAACAUGAGACGUCAUCAGAGUACUCACAUGGAGCAGAAACCAUAUCCGUGCACAAUCUGUGGCAAGAGCUUUGUGCAGAAGACUCACUUGGUGACUCACCAGAGAAUCCACAGUGGGAAGAAACCAUACAAAUGCCCAGAGUGUGAUGAGAGUUUUCGCUACAAAAGGACUAUGAUAAGUCAUAAGAGCAUCCACACUGGUGAAAAACCCUAUAAAUGUAGUAUGUGUGACAAGAGUUUUAGUAACAAAAUCACCAUCCUGCAUCAUCAGAAUAUCCACACUGGGGAGAAACCAUUUCAAUGCACCAUGUGUGACAAGAGCUUUAGAUACAGAAGCAGCAUGGCAACUCAUGAGAGGGUCCAUGCUGGACAGAAACCUUAUAAUUGCACAAUGUGUGACAAGAGUUUUACACAGAGGUAUCACAUGACAAGACAUAUGUAUAUCCAUGGUGGGCAAAAACCCUAUAAAUGCCUAGUGUGUGGCAAGAGUUUUACUCAAAGGAUUCAAAUGACAAGACAUAUGUGUGUCCAUGGUGGACAAAAACCCUAUAACUGCCCAGUGUGUAACAAGAGUUUUACGAAAAAGUCGAAUAAGUCAUCAGUGUUUUGA